GUCUUCUCCGACGGCGUCCUCUUUUCCGGUGAAUCUACAGAACGAAUGGCGUCUUACCCUCCUCGACAAUAUGAAGAAGGGAAAUCUCCGAUACAAAAAAAGAGCAUUAACCAUGGCUCGAUUAAAGUUGUUAACUACGAAGGGACCGGUUACACAUUGCAUGGAUGUGUUCAUGCGUUGUUUAUAUGGGUGUUUGAAUCUGUUCCCGGUUUAGCAGAAUUGUAUGGCAACAGAAGGGAAACCUCUCCGGGUCCACCAUUACUUAACUGGAUAGGAUCUCGUCCGAGAUUCCUCUUUCGAGACUUCAUAACAGAUGAGAAGAUUGAACAUGGGGAGGUUCGUGUGAGGCAUAUGGUUCCUGUUGCAUUACAUGAUAUGUACCCUAAGUGGAGUGACGAUGAUGCAAAUAACCGGGACCCAUUACUUCACAAGUUGAUUGAAGAUAUCAUUGAAGACCGUUUGGAUCCAAAUGGUUGGCCUGCAGUAGAGAGAGUUAAGAAGCAAAAGAAUUCUCUUCCUGCUAAGAAGAAAAAGAUCAAAAGAUCUGAACAACAAUCAGAGGAUUCUGGAGAAGAAAAAAAGUUUCUUCAUGCUAAGAAGAAGAACAAGAAGAUCAAAGGUGUUGACCUAAAUUCAGAGGAUUCUGGAGAAGAAAAAGAGUCACUUCCUGCUAAGAAGAAGAAGGUCAAAAUAAGUGAACAAGAUUCAGAGGAUUCUGGAGAAGAAAAAGAGUCACUUCCUGCUAAGAAGAAGAAGGUCAAAAUAAGUGAACAAGAUUCAGAGGAUUCCGGAGAAGAAAAAGAGUCACUUCCUGCUAAGAAGAAGAAGGUCAAAAUAAGUGAACAAGAUUCAGAGCUCCUAACAAUGCUGAAAACAAUCAACGGGACACUAGCAAAUUUGGGCACCCAAGUUGGAAACAUUGAUGGAAAAAUCAAUCUGGUUGAUCAAACAUGUAAAACCAAGUUUGCUAAAAUGGAGGAAGCUAUCAAACAGCUGCAAGAGGGAGAAGUGAAGGGUCAAGCUGAUGAAGUGAAUAGUAAAACAUCCACGUCGUGGAUGGUAGUUGAAACGAAGGGGAUUUUACAGGAUCCUGAUGACAUUCCUCUUAAACAAGUUGUUAAGAAUAUUGCAUCGGUAAAAAGGGGAAGAAAGAUUGAAGAAAUGAAAAAGGUUGUUGUGAAGAAAGAGAAGGAGGUCGUCAAAAAGCAUGAGAAGGCUAAAAAACAAAACAUCGACUAUGGAAGCGAUAUUGAAGAUGUAACUGAAAAACAUUUCAUAGAGGAGCAUACAAUGGCAUCAAGUGGUGAUGAAGAAGACAUCGCUGAUAAGGCGGUUAAGAAUGUGGUUGCUUCCUUACACUCCAACCUCCUAGAUGACACAACACCACUGACCAAACGAGUGCCAAAGUUAGCCAAUUCUCAGAAGUUACCAUACAUUGGAAACUCAACUGUUAAACGCAUCAUCCCAGGUGUUAUUACCUCAUUGUACGACUACGAUCCUAUGGAGAUGGUUGAAGAAAGCAAACUGCGCAAAUUAAUGGAAUACAUCAAUGAUGAUGAGGAGCAACCCCUUGGAAGCGUCAAUACAAAUGUGAAGUUCUACAAGGAGAUUAUUACUCCUAGGGAUCAGUGGCCUAAAGACGAUUACGGAUGGUUGCGUGAUUCUCAUAUGGAUGAUGCAAUGACCAUGUUUCGUAAAAGGUCAAUGCGUAAGGAUUCACCUUUUCGCAAGAGGGUAGGCUUCAUGGAUCAAUGGUUCAGUAGUAUGAUGGUUUCAGAUUUCAAGAAUUACAACAAGAAGACCUUCAUGUUUCAUGAAUCUUAUAUGGACCAUUUCAAUGGUACUGCUCCGCGACACUCGGCGACAGAGAAGAGAUGGUGGUUUGAAAUUGAUAAUUUGUACGCUUGUGUAAGUGUUAAAGGUGAUCAUUGGAUCGCACUAGACAUUAACUUCCCGAGGAAGAAGAUAUACGUAUAUGACUCCAUCCCGACUCAUGCGAUAGACGCGGACAUCUAUACAGCAUGUCAGCCAUUUCGUAAAAUGCUCCCUGCGUUGCUAAAUGUCAUGGUACCUGAUGCAGAUCGCCAAAAGAACACAUCUAUGUUUGAGAUUUACAGAUUAAAGACCGGUGUUCCACGUAAUGUAAUCACAGGGGAUUGCGGCGUCUACACUUUGAAGUACAUAGAGUGUCUAGCCUUAGGAUGGGAAUUUGAUGGACUUAACGAUGAGAACAUUCAGGCAUUGCGGGAGAGAUUAGGAGCUGAGAUGUUUGAGGAAGUUCCACCGACAGGAGAAGUAGCAUUGACUAAUCCAUUGCCUCGUCGUGCAGAGUUCGAGAUUCCUUCGAUCUCAAGCAAUUUUUUACCUCAAGCAAUUUUUCUGCUCCACGGGUAAGAGAUGUUUUCAUUUUCAUUGCAUCAAUCCUUCGAUCUGAAAACCAUC